CAUCCACAUCCGUUUCAUCCCACCACGUUGUGGCUUCCUGCCGUCCAACAAAAGAAAAAGAAAAAGGAAAAGGAAAAGGAAAGCUCCCACUCCCAUCAUCUUCCUGCUGAACCAAACACUACAUGGGAGGAGCCAUUCCUUUAAUUCAUCGGCACGCAACACCGAAGCCAACCAUCCAAGAGCAGUCCAAAAUGGCCGGAGCCCGGCGCUGGCUCGGCGCUGUCCGCCGCACCAUUGUCCGAUCCUCCUGCAAAACUCUCGACGUUCUCGAAGUCCGCGGUGGCAACGGCGCCGCGGCCAUCAUCAGCCCUACGGCAGCCGAGGAUGUCACGACCGGAGAAACGGAAUACUCAAGAGACGAGGUUGAAAUACAGUACAUGGAAGCGUUCUCGCGGGAGGAGCUGGCGGCGAUUACGAUCCAAGCCUACUUCCGAGGUCAUUUGGCGAGGAGGGCGUUCCGGGCGCUGAGGAGCCUCGUGAGGCUGCAGGCGGUGGUGCGGGGGUGUGCGUGCGGCGGCAGACGCGGGUGGCGAUCCACUGCAUGCAGGCGAUGGUGCGGUUGCAGGUCAGGGUGCGAGCGCGGCAGCUUCUUGGUACACAGAGAGAGGCACAACUUUCCUGAUGAACUUGUGUGAAACUAUGGAGAGAGAUAGAGAUCCUGGUGUUUUCAUGAGAGACUUCGGCAUUUGAUUCUAUAAUGUGCUAAGUGUGUUGUUUCUUGUAGUCCUUGGAAACCUAUAAAACCUUGUUUUUUCAGAAAAAAACCUAUAAAACAAUUAUAUAUCUCAC